AUGUCAUUUUCGGAGAAACACCUUGAAGAUUUGUCUAAGAGAAUAGAGCAAGUGUCAGAGGAGAAUCAAAAUCUAAGGCAGCAGCUCACUCAGUUACAAGCGGAAUAUCAAGUAGAUCAAGACAAUAGAGAUUAUGUUCGGGAAAACUACCAGGAAAAGGUUAAAGAGCUUAAAUCGGAGACUUUGCUGACAACUAUGCUAAGGGAAAAGCUAUAUUCCGAGGAGAUGGACGUAAAGCAACUUCAGGAUAAUUUAGCUGCAGCAGUUAGAGGUAACGACAUUCUCAAAUGUGAAGUGCAAAAUGCACUGGACGCUCUUUCUUGUGCCACACCCAAUUUGAAAUAUCUCGAGCUUCAGGUAAGCAGUGGGUCAGGAAAAAAGAAUUUCACGGAUCUGAGCAAAUCUCCCCAUGGUCACAGUAAGAAAGUUGAUCCUAAGAAAUCUGGUCGUGAUUCAAGCCGAGACGUUAGCGUUCCAGUGUUGAUUCGGACUAUUAGAAGAUUGAUAAAGGAGAAGGUACAAAUGGCUUCUGAAGUUUCAAGCAUGCUACGGAAUCAAGUUGCUGAAAGGGCUUCUGCUAAGGAAGAAGCCAACAUAUUACAUGCAGAACUAGAUUCAUGGACACGAAGAUUGGAGACAGAAAAGAAUGAGUUACAAUUAGUACUAGAAAAGGAGUUGGAUAGAAGAUCUAGUGAUUGGUCUCUAAAACUUGAGAAAUACCGAAUUGAACAACAUAGACUCCAUGAAAGGGCGAGGGAGCUUGUAGAGCAGAAUGUCUCUCUACAAAGGGAAGUCUUUUCAUUUACUGAGAAGGAAGUAGAUAAUAGAAUCAAGAUGUCAUUUUCGGAGAAACACCUUGAAGAUUUGUCUAAGAGAAUAGAGCAAGUGUCAGAGGAGAAUCAAAAUCUAAGGCAGCAGCUCACUCAGUUACAAGCAGAAUAUCGAGUAGCUCAAGAGAAUAGAGAUUAUUUCUGGGAAAACUACCAGGAAAAAGGUUAA